AUGCCAGCAAUGUGUUGGUUGAUUUGGCAGCAGCUCGUUAUCGAGAAAAAAGAAUGCAAGGAAACAACGAUGAUAGUGAAGAAGGUCGAGCCCAGAAGAGAUUUAUUACCACCACCAGCAGCGAUGUGGGCAGCCCUGAUUGUGGGGGCCUUGUAUUCGAUGGAUCAAUUUGAGUACAAAUCUGGCUCAAAGUUGGCUAUUCGUGAUUACUGGAGAUGGUGUCGUGGUGCACAGCAUUUGACCAUUCCUAAUUGUGAUAUACAGCAAGCAUCGCGAAUGUGGAGAAUGGGCAAUUAUGAUAUACCGUUGGUGUUCACCAGUGCGCUAAGGAAUGAAAGACGGCCUUUGUCAGAUGCAUUAUACCUGUUGAUGUUGAUAAAUCAAAUGAUCCAGCUAAAGUACAAGUACAAUCAAGAGCAUACAUCGGCCAAAGUUAAAUUUUUACUGCAACAUAUAUACGAUGAUGAAGAGGUAUUGCUCGCUUUGGUGGAGGUAUGCAGUACGGAUGUAAUUGAUGGCGUACCAUGGCCUUAUGGAACGAACAAACGCAAAGCAUUGAAGGCCGCUUACCAUUGUCUUGUAUUGUUUCAGACGUGGGGGUAUCGCGGGCAAGCAGUGGCCGACAUUUUUCUUCUGGUCAAGCAGCAAUGA